AUGGAGGGUAACUCUUCUCAGUGUCUUCUGAAUUGGUGCAUUGAACAAACCAAAACGUACCCAUAUAUUAAUAUCACUGAUUUCACAUCAUCAUGGAAAGAUGGUCUGGCGUUUUGUGCCUUAAUUCACAAACAUUUCCCUGAUCUAAUGUAGGUUGAACAGGACAGUAAAAUUGCAUCUCACUUUUUAAAGAGAUUUUUCGCACUUGAAGUCUGAAGAUGCUGUAACAAACCUUAAGUUGGCGUUUUUCGUUGCAGAAACAAAAUUGAAUAUACCGGUGCCUACAAGACCACAAGUCAUAGUAUUAGAAGAUGUAGAUGAAAAGAUAAUAUUUGAAUACGUUUCUAAGUUAUAUGGGGCAUUAACAAGAAAUUCAAGUCAAUUAGGUUCAGAUAAGCUUUCAGAUAAAAACUUAUCAUAUUUGUGUGAACAGGAGGAGGGACUUCUUAUAUGUGACCUUUGUGGGGAAACUAUAUUUCGUGUCGAGCAGCUGACUGUUUUCAGUAGGAACUACCAUCGUAGUUGUUUUCGUGACAACCAGUUAACUUAUCUCAAAGAGCGGAAUAAAACACUAAAGGGUUCCAACUGUUCUGAUGGUUCACCGCUGACUAAAUUCUCAGUAGCGGAUCCCUUCCCAAUAAGAUUCAGUCCACAAAAAGAAUUGGACACUGUUAGCAAUGGAAAAAGUCAACCAACAUGCAAACCUCCUUCUAGACCGCCACUUCCUGAUGUUUUAAGUAAUAAUGCGUCUCCUGAACUGAAUAGUGUUUUGAAGAUAAAAGCUAAAAUAUCAGCUGACAUAGAACAGCGUAAAAAUAACUCUAAUUCCAAGCAUCAUAACAUCGUUUCUUAUCCUGCUGCUUUAAAUCCGUUCGAAGAUGACUCUUUGUGUGAUCCCAGCUCUCAGCAUGAAUGUACCUAUAAGCCUUACAAUCCAUUUGAUGACGAUUUAUCAGCCUUAGACUCGGAAGAGAUUAAUAAUAUUUCAGAUUCUGACCACUCAAACGUAUUAAGUAUAUCAAACCCUCCAUCUCUGGUAUCCACGCCUAGUAACCAUAUAAACAAGUACAUGGGACAGAGUAACCAAAAUUUUUCCAUGGAAAAAUUAGUCGCAGAUGAAUCAGUCAAUCUUCGGACUGCUCACUCUUCUAUAUAUGAUUUAUCGAGUUUACUCGCUUAUGGUAAUCUGAAUAAAGCACAGUCCUCUUCACUAAGCAGUGAUGCAAAACAGUCCUCAAAAUCUCCUCUUAAUGGAUCAAAUGCAAAGAUAAGUAGGUCAGUUAACACCAAAGGGCCUGCCCCACCUAUUCCUGUUUUAUGCCGACGUGAUGUCAGACGCGAUCAGCAAAGCGACUUCAUUCCAUACACUGAAUUACACAGACAACUAUAUGAUAUAAACAAUGAACUUUCCAAUCUGGAACUAUCUGCUCGCAAAAUUCAAACAAGUAUUAAAGAAAUGUCUGAAAAUAAUGAAAGCGUCAAGAGAUUAUUGAAAAAGUGGCUCCAUACCGUUGAAUUAAAGGAUAAUCUCUUCAAAAAGGAAUCAGAGUUACUUCAAAGGCUUCGUUGUCAAGAGCUAGAGGAUCGUCAUGCUGAUUUAGAAUAUGAACUACGAACGCUAAUGGCCAAACAAGGUGGGAAUCUUUAUAUUAGAAAAGUAUCCUGUACUGCAUGCCUAAUCAAAUCCCUUUUACUGUUAUCACAUUUCGGUGAUAGAGAUCUUAUAACAAUUUUAGCUCCAUGUUUGGAAAAUUAAGUACAUUCUAAAGACUAAAGAAGAAAAAGCUCGUGAAGAAGAACUAAUUGCUGACUUAUUGUGUGUGGUUGACAAAAGAGCUGAACUUUCAGAAUCCACUGGGGAUUUCAAACCAAAGCAUCGAGCAAGAUCAUCUAGCCGAAGAACCCUCGAAAGUAAAUUCAAACAAAUAUGCCUUAGUUUGCGACAUCCUAGUCUGUCGCAAACGAAUUUAUCAACCAUUCGGGAUAAAUCAUUGAAAAAGUACGGAAGUUGAGAGCUUCUACCAUAUCUCGAUUGAAAAACAAGACAUUUUUUCGAUAGAAAUUGCUAACUUUAUAAAAACUAUAUAUUCGUAUAGACCCAGCUCCGCAUCAAAUGGACUAUCAUCGCAUUAAUGGUAUUAUCAUGCAUGGACUUUUAUGCAUCCGGUAUACUCUGAGCUGUUUUUACAAACAAUUUUUAUCUGUUUACUUUUAUUUGUUAUCAAAUUGUUUUUCUUUAUUUCGAAAAUAGAUACUGCAAACAGCAUCUGAUACGUCUUAUGUUGUGUAAUAUAUA